UUGCAACUAUUAGUAAUGAUUUUCUUCUCUAAAUUACUGAAUUUAGGUUCAUAAUUCACUCUUUGUUUUACGAUUUUGCUUAAGUGGCCAAUCACUGUACUGUUUACCCCUAUACAUCUAACUUAUACAUACAUUAUUUGCACAUUAGUACAAGAUAAGCAGCAAAAUUGAUUAUAAGUAAUAAGAGAUCAAUAUCAAGAGAUCAAUAUCGUGAGCAUUAAUUUGUAUCAAUAAUUUGCAGCUGGAUAGAGGUUAAUUUCCUAGACAACGCGGAGCUCGCGCAUGCUCGCGGAGCGCUACCCCGGACCCGGACGACCGCCAAUCGUCAAACGGUACGAUAAGCCACAGUAACAAUCUGUCAGUCAUCGACACUACAGCCAGUCAUCGUCGUCGCGGCCAUCGUGUGAUCCGCCUGGAUGAUCAACGAUAAACGUCAACAAUCGCACAGUCGACUGGGCAGUCCCACGGCGGUUCGCAGCAAGCCAGUCCGGUCCGGUCCUUGGCGGUGGACGAGUCGCUGUGACAGUUAGUAGCCGCCAGUCGUCGGCCAGAGACUCUCGAUAUUUCGCAGCCGAGGAGCCGCAUCGCGUCCCAAUAGGGGACAGGAGGAUACCGAGGAAUAAAAGAGGCGAAGGGCCGCCGCCCGUCCUUCCAGGAAAUAUGACGACGGAGGAAAAGUUUAACGCCGCCGUGAACGUAAUCAGGAGCCUGCCGAAGAAUGGAGCGUACCAGCCCAGUCACGAGAUUAUGCUGCGCUUUUAUUCGUAUUACAAACAAGCGAUCGAGGGACCUUGUCAACAAUCUAAACCCGCGUUCUGGGAGGUAAUUAAGAAAGCGAAAUGGGACGCGUGGACACGCCUUGGCAACAUGAGCCGUACAGAAGCCAUGAAUAAUUAUGUGGAGGAAUUGAAGAAAAUUGUUGAAACGAUGUCCUACACAGAUAACGUGGCAACGUUUCUUGGCAGUUUGGAUUCCUUCUACGAGAGCGUACCGGCUGAGGAUUUGGAAUUACUCGUGGGACCAGUACUGGAGCGAAUACGCUCCCAACCGGGAUCACCAUUAUCAGCAUCCAGAGAAACAUCACCUCAUAGGGUGAUGAAUGCUUCUCGGCACAUAACGAGUAGUUUGGAAACAAGCCCAACUAGCAGUCGUACUGCGAGUCCGCUGCCACAGGACACUGACGGCGAAGAAGAGGUUUUUAUAGAUACUGUUGAAUCAGCGCCGGAGAGAGCGCAAAAGGAUGCACACAAAUCAACUACUGCUCCUCAAAAGGUACAAACUACGGCGAAGAACGGAAUCGAUUCUUCCAGUACAGAGAAUAUUAUAAAAGAGAACAUCGAAUUAACUAAUGGCUAUAGCAACACUAACGGUCACACGGAGACAGUGUCGGAAAGCCAUCGAGAGCGAGGUAGACAGAGAACGAAGAAGGAUGACAAUAAAGUCAACGCAGAAUUCCUGAAUCAAAUUGCGACGACUAUGCAGCAUCUACAGAGAGAUUUAGAUCGCAUAACGGCCAGAGUACGAAGUUUAGAAGGACAAGCCCUACAAGCGCUGGCGCCACAGACGGAACACAUUGUUAGACGCAGGUAUGCAAACUGGUGGCCAAUGCGAGAAUGCCCGCCGCGCUUGUUUGUUUUACUGAUCCUAUGGCCAUUCGUCGCUCAUUUACUUAUCAACUUUAUGCAGCGUUAUCGCCAACGAAGACUGUGAUGUCACGGCUGUUAUUCGUACGCAGCUGACAACCCAUUUCCAGUGUUUGGGUUACUAACAUUGAAUUACGUAGUAAACAUACAGAGAUUUUUUUUAGUUUUAUAUUCCUCAUGGGAGAGACGAAGCUGUCCUAAUGCAAUCUGCGAUUACCUUAGUAAACGUGAAUUGUGAUAAAAUUGACUAGGUCAAUCUCUGUAUAUUUUUACAUAUAUACGGCCUGUUUCGGAAGUUGCACACUUUCUCUCGCCUGCAGAUCCGCCGCUGAAUAAUGAGUCGAUUGAUCCACGGCGAAAGUUCGAUUUGAAAGACACUUUUAUCUGUAAGUUGUGUACUAAGUAAGAAGUUAGAAUGGCUUAAUAUUUUCCUUUUCACGCAUUUUUUUAUAAGACAAUACAAAUGUUAUCUUAAAACACAUACAAAAAGGUACAGCGCAUUUCAGCUUUCUUUUAUGUAUUCAGGUUUGUAUUGUGUUAUAAUGGAAUGCCUACAUGACUUAUGUAUACUAUGUAGAUGUAUGUACAAUAUUUUAUCGCAUAUUUUAAAAUAUGCGAACUAUGUUAGGUAUAUGUAGAAUUAUUUUAUUCCUCAUAUCUGCUUUUUAAUGUUUGUAUUUUAGAAAGAGAUACAUGACUUCCGGAACAAUCUGUAUAAAAAAUAUGAAGGUAUAGUUCUUUUAAUAUUUUCUAAGGUGGAUUGUAUGUAUUAUAUAUAAUUCUAUGAACGUAUAGAUUGUAAUAUAUCCGUACGGAGAAAGUAAAUCUUUUUGUACAUGCAAGCGUGUACAAUAGUCGGUUGUUACAUGUAUUUUAAGUGUAAAUUACGUGGGUUUUUAUCAAAAUGACAGGGAUUUUAAAGUGUACUCUAUCAUCGGUAUUGCGGCUACAAUACUAAAUAUUAAUUACUAUUAACGGAUAAUAUAUAUUUCAAAGGAACAUUUAUACAUACUGAACGAAUGAGCGAUUGCGAAAAAAUUUUAUGUACAUACGUGCAAUGUGAAAAUAUACAAAUUUUUAAUUAUCA